GCCAAGUGUCAUUCGACGACCAAUAUUACAAAUUGGCCAAAAGUUCCGGAAUUGCCGAAAGCUACUACCAAGCAAUCCACUGAACUUCAGAACGCAGCGCAUUUAAUUUCCCAAGCAGUAAAUGCCUCAUCAGGAAAUAAUCUUAAUAAUAGCCAUGCUGCUCCGAACCUCAUUAGCAUCAACAGCAGCAAUAAUGGGAAUCUCGAAGGAGCGGGGAGUAAAAGUAAUACAGACCUCACGGAGUUAAAUGGAAAAAUAAACGAAUUAAUUGAACUUGCAAAAAUGCAGUCGAUGCAAAUUAACAACCUUCAAGCAGAAAUAUCCAGCAUGAAGAAAGCUAAUCCCAUGUCAUCCACGAAAAGUAUGUCCGAGUUCUCAUUUAAACUCGAAAUGCAGCUAUCAAAGCUGAUGGAGCAAUAUCUUAAACGUUAUGAAAAUGAGCACAAAAAAAAGUUGACUGCUUUUAUGGCCGGACGGGAGCAGCAAAAUAGAGAGUUACGUGACAGUUUCAUACAGAUAAUGAAUCAAUAUGUAUUAACUCAUCUUGGUGAUGUAGUAUCUAAAGUGAUAAACAUCGAAAUUCAACGUCAAUUAGCGCCAAUGUUAUCAGCGAAGAUUGAUCACUUGCAGCAACAAAUACAAAUAGAUGUCGCUCAGAAGCUAACAGCAUUUGAUCUCAUGCUUAAGGAUAACAUUUCACAAGUGUGCAAAAGCAAGAACAUAAUUGACACUUUUGGAAAAUCCGUUUUGGUGGGGGUUCAAGGGAGUCUGCAGGCAGCAUUCAUUGAAUCCAUGUCAAGUACUUUGAUACCUGCAUACGAAAAGUCUUCACAAAAUAUGUUUAAGCAGCUACAUGACGCAUUUUCUGUUGGAAUCAAAGAAUUUAUGGAGCAGUUCGACAAUUAUCUUCAACAUUUACAACCUAUGCAAGACUCCACUGAAGAGGUUCUCAAUAAGUUCUCUGGCUUUCGGCAACAUUUGGACUCAAUACUGAUCAAGCAUCGCAACGCCGUUUCAGAAACCAUGCUUGAGACACGAAAGGACGUAAAAAGUUUGGAGAUUUUACUAUCUCGACAAAUCCAAGAAACUAUCCGUACUGAGAUGCGAAGAUGUUUUGAAAAUCAAACAAUUGCGUUACGUUCCCAAACUAAUACACCAGCUCCGAUGUAUGACUUAAAAGACACUAUAAAAUUAUUAUUACAUCAAGGUCAAAUAAACAAGGCAUUUCACCAAGCUUUGCUUGCCAAUGACUUAAAUUUGGUUGAAUUUACCUUAAAGGCUGCCGAUCACGGGGUGGUCUUUUCACCCGACUGCUGUUUGGAACAGAAGGUGCUUCUAUCACUAAUCCAACAAAUCUCGGCCGAUAUGAGUAAUCACAAUGAAGUGAAGCAAAAUUAUUUAGCCGAUGCUUUACUUGCUAUAAAUCCAACCGAUCCCAUUACACGUGAGCAUGCGCCAAAAGUAUUGCAAGAACUAUUCCGUAAUUGCCAAAUGUUUUUGGUAAACCAUUCUAAAAGCCCGCAGUGUAGCAAUGUGCGAAUGUUGAUGAAGGCGGUUCAGGCCUAUAUGGAUCAAUUUUAAGAUUUGUCAUCAUUGUUUUCCGCCAUAUAUGCUCACCCAGUACCAACAGCUCAAAGGACAUUUCCACUCCAACGGCACCCAGCAUAGCUGCAGUAUAUCCGUUUAACUAAAUAACCACUAUCCUAUUAAUGACGAAAUGCCUUCGUAACUGAAUUGGCAGCAAUCGAAAUACAGAUUCACUGACUUCACUCAUAUUAAAGAAAGAAAUAAAUUACAGACCAUCAAGAUAAUUGAUAAACAAAUAAAAUGAAAGUCGUAAAAUAUUUUGUAGAGUGAUAUAUUUUUGUAGAGUCGAAAGAAUUCAAGUUUUAAUUUUAAGUUUUAAUUCUAUGAGGAAGGAUGUGAUUUUAUGUUUAUUAUGUUUAUUAUUUUUUCAAUUAAAAAGUAACAAAUUAUGUAAAAUGGAGAUCAAUAACAUAUGUAUGUUUGCAUUUACGAACCUUUCGCGGAUUCCAUUUCUAAGUUGAAAAAUAUAAUAGUAAUAUUUAUAGAAUUAAAUAUUUCUUUGCCGAUGACCCUUCAUUUAAUUAACCAUUAA